AUGUCAAAAGUUAAGCAAUUUUUAAAAAAGACAUUUUGUGCUUUAAACCAAGAUGAUUUCAAUCAAGAAAAUGAAUUCUCAUUGAUUUCUUCUUUUAUAAAGGUACUACUCAGUGAUAAUGAUAUUACGAAUGAUAUCAAUCAGUUUGAUGAUGUUAAACAAUGUAUAUCAGAAUAUUUCAGCCAAAUUAAAACUGAUAAGACAUCAAUCAAUCAAACAUUUAUCUCUAACGCACUGAAUUCACCACUUUUCAACGAUUUCUAUUGCAUCAGUUACUUACUUUCAUUCUGUGAGCAACCUGAUGUUCUGGAUAGCAUAGAGAUCGAAAAUUCAAUCAACUCCAUUCGACGUUUUUCAUUGUUAAACAUAUCACUCGAUAUUGAAUCUUAUUUUUUUAAGAGUAUCGAGGAUGAACACAACAACAAAAAUAGUAUUUCAAAUCUGUCAAUUCAAAACAAGACACUAUUAUUAUGGUAUAUACUGAAUGUCAAUGCUAGUUUACUCGAACAAAUAUAUAAAAACGAUAAAUACAUAUUCCGAGAUGUUAAUGUCGAUUCUAUUGUUCAACGAUUGGAAACAUCAGAGUUUGGAGAGAUGAUGAUUCGUCAAUUUCCAUUACACGUUGGAAUAAGGAAUUUGGAAUCAUUGCUUAUUUUCGACAUCUACAGAGUAAGAGCCAUUGAAAUGCCCUCCAAUCUUUUUCAUCAUAUUUUGGAAUAUAUCAAAUCGAAUGAUGUGGAUAUUAGAAGAUUAUUGUCAGGGAAACUCUACAUUAAUCACUCUGGCAGUUCAUUGUCCAAGAUGUUGUUGUAUUUUUAUCAACGAGUUAAAGAACCAGCUAUAUUUAGAGUAUUGGUUAAAUCACUCAUUCUCAUGGAAUCAUUAGAUCGCGAAUUCAUUCAAAGUGUUCUUACACCGUUCAAACUAGAGUUUCUUCAAUUUUCGAAUAGCUAUGUCCGAGAAUUUUUGUUGUAUUCUAAAUUCGCCAUAGAUUUUGUUAUUUGCGAUCCAUUCGCUUCAUUUGGCUUCAAAUUGUUUGAUAGGAUACACAAUCACGAUCCAACUUUAAUCAACAAAAUAUUCAAAAAGAUAAAUCACCAAAUAGUUUUCAACAUCAUAGUAUAUCAAAGAUCUUUUUCAUAUAUCAAUCGAUUCUUUCCAGAUAAUCAGAAAUCACCAGUUCAACAAUGUUAUUUAGAUUGCAAUACCACCAAACCCACACCAACUUUAAAUUAUAUGGUUCUAAAGCAUAUCAUUUCAAUGUUACUCUUUGAUAAAUACUUGGAUACGAAAUCUAAGGUUCAGCUUUCAAUGGUUUCCAAAAUUUUCUUCAACUGUUGUUCUUCUCUCUUUACCAAUAUUCCAAACGUGACCAUCCGAAUUUCAAGCAGACUCGAAUAUAUUGGUUCACAGUUUUGCUUAUUCAAGAAACCACCUCCUCACUUGGAUGACACUGAACUUAAAUAUAUUCCCUAUGCUUUCAAAACGGAAUGUCUUGACAAUCUAGAAUCAUAUAGACAUUUUGGAUUUGGAUGUUCUAUUCCUGAAACAUCGAUCUUUAUGAAUUUGAAAUUCCUUAAAUUCAAAAGAUCGGUACACGGAACAAAUACUCAUUUUCAAAGAAUGUUGGAUGCCACUAACAAAGAUCAAUUGGUUUCGGUGGAAUUUAUUUCAAAUGUAAGCACAAUGUUGGUGAGUGAAGAAAUGUCAUCUCUUUUGGAGCUCAGAAAAUCCAGUCCCAAUGUCAACAUCUCAGCAUCUGUUUCAACAACUUCUAUCGCCAUAGACAAUCCUGAUCAACACUCUCUGAUCACAUCUUGUUUUUUUAAUUCAGAACCCCCCAAGAACAUAAUUCUUUCCAAUCUUAGAAAGAUAGAAGUCAGUGAAUACUUUACAUUAACUAGAUGUAAUAAUUUUGACUUAUGUAAGAGAUGGUAUGAUAAUAGAGAUCAAUACUUUACAUUUCAACCAGUGUUUGUAAAUCGUCAGAUUCAUCAAGAAAUAGGAAAUGACGAUCAAAUAAGAGACUAUUUCACGUCAAAGUGUUAUUUAAACUCUUAUAAACAUCUAUAUAGAAAAUCAAUUGAUUUCUCAAAGAAAUCUUUAUAUCAAUUAGAAGUUUAUAAUGAUGUUAAUAAGAGUUUAGAUGAUGUAGAUAUAACAGAGGUAGUUGGAUCAUUGAUCUUUAAAAGAGUAGCCAAUAAGAUUGUCGAUCAGUCUUUUACAACUAGAUUGAUGAAAUCGAAUGUAGAAUCAAUUGAAUUCAUUGGAUGCAGAGAUAUAGAGUUUCAAAUCGAUCGAAUGCCCGAAUCAAUUAAACUACUACGAUUGUGUGGUCAAGAUUUGAAGAUACUACCGGAAUCGUUGGAAUCACUUAUGAUUAGUGCAUCCGAUCAUCUAAAGAUAGACUUGACAAGUUACAAGUCACUCACGUUUUUGGGUGUUGAAGACCCACGAAUGAAAACAACUCAGCCUAUUAAACUACCACCAAAUCUACGUAGCUUGGAAUGCCAUUCUCGAGAGGUACAGUUUGACUUUGGUGCUAGCAGUGAUGAUGUAGUAGCUACUACAUCAUUGCCAGAGAGUCUCUACAAGAUAAAGAUAAGACCAAAUAUGAUAAGACAGUUUAAACAUUCAAAUGUUACCAAGAUUGUAUUGUUUAUCAACGCCAAUGACGUAGAGAUAAGUAGAAGUAACCAACAACCACUCUUUAGUUGCGACGAUUUCCCAGAGGAACUGGAACGAUUAAGUUUAUAUGUAAAUGAUAUAUCAAUAACUAAAGAGAUGUUACCGAGACACAUCAAACAACUAAAGAUAUUCGGUGAGAAUACGAUCGAGUUGGAUGCAUUCACCUUGAUGGAUAGAGUGGAACGUAUUUACAUGUUGGACAUUCACAAUGAAAAGACAUUACCAACACUACCUGCGACUCUCAAAAAGUUUGUUAUUCCCUCAAACUUUGACAGUGGUGUCAUUGGACAAGAUGUAAAACUACCACUUGGACUGGAGUAUCUCGAUCUAGGAACGUCGUAUGACCAACCAUUGAUUGCAGGCUCGAUACCAGAUACCGUAAACCAUUUCAGAUUCAGCCAGGUUUACAAUCAAAAGCUGUUGGUUGGAUCAUUGCCCAGCUCAUUAGAGACACUCAAUUUCUUUAUGUACAGUCGAAAGAUUUCAGAAGGAACCAUUCCAAGGUCAGUUAGAUCGGUUUGCACAACAAAGUCAUUCUACAGAAAGAACUCAAUACAAUCAUUGCCUGAUAGCGUCACUUCAAUUGAGAUUGCAUUGGAUUUGGAUAACUAUGAUAUUAGAAGAAUCGACUCUACUCAUUAUCUAGUGAUUGGAACAGAUUCCGAAGGUCUUUGUCAAUAUGGAAUCCUGGAUCACACAUCACUCGAUAAACUUGUUCGUUGCUCAAAAGAAGAGGAUGUUCAAGCAAGAGUAUUAAGAGAGUUGUCGUUGAAUAGAUAA